GGGGGGUGGCUUCCAGCAUGUCCGGCUAUUUUCUGGCAGCGCGUGACAACGCUACUUCUGAAACACACUUGGAGUGCAACCCAACCCGCUUUAGGCUUGCUCCCGUGGCACGUCUGGAAGGCCUGAAGAGCGACGAGGGUUGGGAGAGGCAUGGCGCACCCAUUCCCAUACACUUGGGGGUCGGGCCAUAUCUGGGACGAAUUGCUCCCCCGAGGUGAAAAGGAGUGAUGAAGGCCGAGUUUGGGGGAGGCAUUUGGCCGCUCCGUGACGGGGCGCCUCGUUUUUGAGGUGGGGAGAGGGGCGGGUCAGAGAGCAGCGCCCCCCGGAGGUCAGUUUGGAAAUCCUUUUUCUGCACCUGGCCUUGGUUCACCCCCCCCCCGAAAAAGACCCCUCAGGCUGGCUUGAACCUCCUUUCCCCGAGUCUCGUUUUUCCUGUUCUCUUCCCGAACAGACCCUGGAAGUUGCUUUUAAAGGGGCGUUUGUGUCCCUGUGUCUGUCUUAGGCCCACUCCCGUUGCUGCAGGUAUCCUGCUUCUGUCUCUUCCUAUUCCCCCCCCCUCUAGACCCUUAAGCCACUUGCCUCCCGCCCCGCCUCCCGUCCACUUGUUGUUUUGUCUUCUCGACAAAACUUCCUUCUUCCCCGCCCCGGGCGCACUAUUGUUCUCCUUCCUGCUUAUCUCUCUUGCUUGCCAACGCCCCGCCCCCAGCGAACUUUUCCUUCUAAGGUGCGACCCAGCCCGCUUCUUCUUAUUUUGCUUUCGCUUUUGCUGAACAUUCAGCCUCUCUCGAAGUGCGUCGGUGAAUCUGAAAGCUUGCGAAGUGGCACAAUGAUGCAUUCCAGGCAUUGAGGAGGCCUUGAUCUGCUGGUUGCUGUGUACUGGUUAGAACUAGUUGCGUCUUUUAUAAAAGGUGGCCAGGAUGAAAAUACAACCGAAAUGCUCGAAAGACAAUGCUAAGCCCAGCACUGGUCUGCAGAGGCAAAGGUUCAGCCCAUGCCUUUUCUACCUGAAUAAUCUCCUCUUGGCAAUUGGCUAUGUAGCUCUGCUGCUUUAUGCCCUCAUCUGGAAAGCUGGGAACAUUGUGGACGCUUCCACCAAAAAAAUUGGCUUCUACAACUUCUGCUGGUGGGACCAGGAAGCAGAAAAACUUGAAUGCUUCAAGAACUUGGAGAAGGUGGGCAUCAACAGUGUUGCACUGGUGUUGUCAAGGAUCUGUGUGUAUUCUACGCCAGUCUUGUGUCUCUUUGUUGCCACUACAGUUUUGCAAGCCCUGUGCUUGAAAGACAGAGAUGGAUUCAAACUGGCCUGCAUCCUUUUGGCCAUUGGCAGCUUGAUGUUGCCCGUUGGCCUUGCUUUGUUCAUCUUCCACUCUGAGCCAUGGAUAAGGGUCUCUGAAUUCGGCGAAGUUUUUGUAGCCCUGGCUGGGGCUCACAUUUUGAUGCUACUCCACUUGAUCUUUAUUGUCCUGUUCCUUGCACAUUGCAAGGAUGCUCUACCCAAAGGACAAAUCUUUCCUGUGUAAAUAUGUGAAGUUCCUGCCUGGGAUACCAAAUGCUGUAGUGGAUUUAAAAGAUAAGUGGAUCCUGUGACCCCGAUGCCUUUCCAAGCCCUCACAUGAAUGAUGAGCAUGUUGGGGGGAAGAGUUGGCACUCCUAGCACAGAGAUAUUUCUCUCUCUAUCUUAUUAAGUGUUGGGGGAGGGAGGGAGAGAUUGCAUGAUUGGUGCCUCCUUCAAUCAAGCACUCAUUUAGGUGUGAUCAGUACAUGGCUCUUUAAAAGUCAGCAGUAGCUAACUGCUGCUUGGCAGUAUUGAAAUUUUGCUGGGCAUCCAAAAUGUUUAGAACAAAUUAUUGAUAGAAGAUAAGCUAGUAUCUCACAAGUCAUGGCUUGACUUAUAAGCCUAGUCAUUAUUUGUGGUCAUCAAUUGCCCCAUCCUCUGGCACAUGCGGGGGGGGGGGAGUUUUCUCAUCUGUGCUGAGGUUUAGAGAAAGUAAAGUACAACAUGAGUCACUCACUGCUUUGAAGAGACUUACCCUGCUGCUGCUUUUCUCCAAACUCAUAAUGCAAGCAAAAACUUGAGGAUGGAGUGAUCCUCAUGCUGUUCUACCACUACCAUGCUUAUGUUGCACGAAUUUGGGGUUUUGUUUUCUCAAAAAAAGUGAUAUACAGUGUUCCUUUACAACUUUUGUAUUGAUCAAAGGCGUUUAAAGUUGGACAUGGUUGUGUCUUUUCUAGCUUUCAACCAAAGACAGGUUCAAUGAACAGGAGCCAGGAUUACUUCAGUUCCCUGUGUAUAGAUGGCUGCUAAUAAUAAUCCAUUUAUUCAUGCCAUCAAACAAACGCAACGGUGCAGGGGGCUGCUGCUUCUUUUAUGCUUGGGGUGGGGACCCUGCAGCCUUCCUGGUGCUGUUGGGACUGCCAGCACACAGCAUGGUUAAUAGGAGGGACUACAGGAAUCUUACUGCAGGGUCACAGCCUCCCAUCUCUGCCAUGUGCAAGAUUCCUGGUUUCUUUUGUAUUUAGUUGUUUGCAAAAUAAUUCAUUUAAGUAUGGUUGAACACACAUUGCAGACAUCUGGCUGCUGCUGCUAUCAUGAGAAUACUGAUAGUGACUGAUAAAAGUGGGAGCGUUCUCUAAUUAUAUAGGCUGAUGCGUAGCCAUAUUGCUAUGUGAUGCUGGGAGGUUUUUCUUUUCCUUCAGUUCCAAGUUGUAAACAAAGCAUUUUGGGAAGCUUAACAUUAUACAAUUGUAGCCAAAGAAUAUUUUUUCAAGUGUCUUGUGGCCAAACCCAAGUCUUUGUUACUUAUACAAGAGAUACUGAAAUUAAAGGUUUGUUAAACACUA